UAUCAGGUGGCUCACACCACACUUCCUGCUUCCCCAAUGAAUUUCUGAUUGGAUGGAGCAAGAAAAAAGGGCAGGAGGAGUGUGUGUGAGGAAAGAGUCAAACCGGUCGGGCAAGUUUUACUUUCUUCUUAAAACACAAACACACGCGUCCACCAUCUGUCCUGUGCAAUACUGUUGUCAGACAUCUUUAAAAGAACACACACAUCACUGACAAACAACAAAACACACAUUAACAUUACAGGUUAAACUCGGACUCACAAAGCGUCAAAGGAAUCCCGUGCUGUGGAGUUUCAGAGGAGACACAGACAUAAUCCUGGAUCAUGUAGAGACAUGUUGUGUCCCGUCCCGACAAUCUGUAUCAAAACAUGAACCCAGUGUGUUUAUUGCAUUAAUGUGGAAGCAUACUGAUCCAUUCAUCUACCUCCAAGCAAGCCUGUGCUGAGAAAAAGAAACCAAGCACGUUUUUCAUUUUUAAAGAUGUCAGCUGACACUCUACAGCCUUCUCCAAGGAGAAUAACAAGGCUGGCUCCAGCUCCUGGCACACCAAGUCGAAACUUAGAGUUUGGUUGUCCUGUCAAAUCAUCUCCUGGGACACGCAAACCAAGUGCAGUGGAACGUUUGGAGGCAGACAAGGCCAAAUACGUCAAGAGCCAGCAGGUGGCUUUAAAUAAGCAGCAGCCAGUGAUUUCUUCCACCAGCAACAGCCAGAAUGCUGCUCAACAGCCAUCCAGAAAGAUCCUUGCUAGACCCGUCAAGGCAGAGACACCACCCCUUAACAUGGAGCAUCUCUGCAAACUGAUUAAUGGAGUUAGUGAUACCACCACCAUCCCAGUAGUUUCUUCGCAAGUCAACGACACUAGUAAUGCCCAAGAUGAUGUAGACCAAUCCAAGAACAUCUCUGCAACACUGGAAGACACUUCUGUUGGGUCAACUACAAUGAGUCAGGGAAAACCUGCAGUGGAAACUCCCACCAUGACCGUGCGGAGAGUCGAUGUCAGGCCGCAGUUGCCUCAAAUGAGGAUGCCUAGUAGACCACCAAUCCAGAGCCGCUCACCGGCUCAACAAACCAUCCCAAUACAACUCCUGCGCAUGCUCAGACCGUACACACAACCAAAUCAGCAAACAUUCGAUUUCAAAAGACUCCAUAAUGUUACAAAUGUCACCCGAGGACCUAUUAAGCCACCAAACAGCCCUGCGCUAAUCUCACCUUCUUCUAACUCUCCAUCUCUACCUCCCUCUUCAAACUCUCCAUCUCUACCUCCCUCCACAAAAACAAACACGGAACCAUUAUCGUCUCCCACUCCAAUUACUCCACCCGCCGUUGCUUCAUUACUUGCCAAAAAUGACUCUCAGUCCCCUCCAUCUCCAGCCUUCACUCGACACUCCUCCACAAGCUCCAGGAAGCGUCCGUCAUUGACGCGCUCGAAAUCUGACGUCAGCGACUGCUUUUCACGAGCGGGGGCAGAACUUGAACGCUUCUUCAAUUAUUGUGGUCUCGACCCGUCGGAUAUUGAUGAACUUGCAAGACCAGGUUCCGACAUUGUGUCUGUUUCUCGUCUUCGUAGCGCCAGUGCUCCAGCAUCCGAGCGCACAGCUGAGGGUGAAGAUGAGGAUGAAGAAGCUGCAAAAGACGACCGUCCUGCUUACGGUGUUUCCGUCAUUGAGAGAAACGCUCGAGUGAUCAAGUGGCUUUAUGGAAUGCGUCAAGCCAAAGAGAGUCCCAAAGUGGCCAGUAUGUAGCAACGACAAGCAACUGAUAGGGCUGGGAGGAUAAAUUGAUGCGUUGCGAAUAAUGAUUCUGCAUCGAUUCUUAAUCUUUCUGAUGGCAUUACAACUCUCUCUUGAAUGGAUUCUGAGCUUAGUGUUUACCACCAGUUGGCGCUGUAUGCUUUAUAAACUCUCACACCCAGCCAAUCCUCCAUGCCAUCUCAUGUAACUAGUCGAGAGGGCCAUCUGUUGUUAAAUACUAGCCUAGAGAGUGCCACCUGCUGUUAAAGACUAGCCUAGAGAGCACCACCUGCUUUCAAAAUUUAGUCUAGAGCACCUUCUGCUGUUAAACACUA